GAGAUAGAAUAAGACUACAGUAUACGGGACUGAAACAUAGUUUUUAUCAAAGAGCACACAAAAUGGCGAAACAGUUUGAAGCGGGGAAAAGUUGUACAUUUGAAAAGAUGUGUUUAGACAACAAUAGAUGAUUAAGUAACAUGGACACAACUUCUCAGUCAUUGUAUGAAGAUAACAUGUAUUCAAAGAAAGGUUUUAGUUAUUGGGCGCCAACUUAGGAGGUCAGAUUUCAACACACCUACUGAGACAUGGUCUUGACAAAUGGAGAUAUAUGCUGCAUGUAAGAGGUCAGAUGUAAACGAAUACAAGCCAGACGUGAUCUUGUCAAAUAGGGAUAUACACUGCAUUGUUGUGACACAAGAGGUUCAUAAAUACAAUACAGGGGAGACUGUUACAAUGACACUGAUGAGGAGAGAGAAAGGAAUGACUUAUGCCUUGCCCAAAGCUGUGUGGGAGAAGAAGGAAGGAAAAAUACAUAGUUACACAGAUGAUGUAAACAAAACAAACUUCCUCAAGUUGUUAUCCAUGUCAGAGGAAGAUAUUCAGAAGUUUGUUGUAGAACCAGAAAGAUUGACAUUACAGAAUAAACUUAAAGAUGCAGAGACAUCAGAAGUUGCUUUUAUAGAUUCUGCACUCCAUUUACUGAAUACAAGACAGCAGACAACAGAUGGUCCAGGUAACACCAGCAGCAGUAGAUCAGAAUCAGAAUCCUCAACUGAAGAAAUACCAGAGUCUGCUGUGUCUGUACCAAAAAUGCUGCCAUCUACUAAGGUAUCAAAUGGAAUUAUGAAUUAUUUACCAGGAACAUUCAAUACACAGGACCCAAGACAGUCACCACCUGUUGAUGUUCUUCCUGAUUCCUUACCAGUUGAGGAAGCAGCUGAAUAUCUAGAGAUGCCAGUCGUUACUGAAGACUAGCAGAGUAAAAAGAGACAGUUCAAUGACAAUGCUUUCUACUUUUAUCAAGCUUCCGAUGGACAACAUAUCUACCUACAUGCCCUGAAUGCCAGGUGUCUAGUGAAGGAGUAUGGUUCCCUGUCUAACUGCCCAGAGACUAUCACUGCUAAUAAAGUACAGAUGGAAAACAUAUUUAUGUCUGAGAAUAGCUGAAAAUCAUCUAAUUUGUACACACUAGAAGACGCUUGGGUGUUUUUUUGCACAUGUGAAAUAUGGUGAAUUAUGUGCUGCUACAGAAGCUGAAGUUAACAUUUUGAAGAGGAAAGAUCCAGACUUUUGAUGACUAUACUUCUGAUAAUUUCAUAUGUGUAUAGUUUCUAUGUCAUUUUAUUUUAAGGAAAAAUUGAUCAAAGUCAAUUGGAGGGGUUGAAAUGAUUGUGCCUUAUCAAUGUAGAAUGUUUACAAUGUAAUUGGAAAUACAUAAAGUAGAGUUAUUUUUUUUGUAUUUAGGAAUAAUCAUGUUAAGUAUUAUUUUUAUGAUGAUUUUAUUUAAAGCUAUGUAUAGCAGAAAUUAAAUUUAAAAAAUGAAAGAACAUGUAAACAACAGUUAUUAUGAAAAAAAUAUUUACCAAAAAUAAUGUAGACUUUGUGAGUGCUAGAUUAAUACAGAAAACCAUACAAUAAGUAUAGAUACAGUGUAGAUAGAUAUUUCAUUUUUAAAGUGCAACUUGGUACAUAUACAUGAAAUGUAAUAUAUUACAAUUUUCUUGUCGUGAAAAACUUAUGAUAGUCAUUAAAUAAUGUUUAUAAUUUUUUCAAAUCAACUAGGAUUGUCCUAAAACAUUACAGUUAUCACAAUUAUAUAUUAAUCUUACUAAAAUGUUAGGUUAUUUUGUAUUUCCAUUCAUAAAAUGUGAAAUUUAAAGUUUUCCCUCAAAAAGUGAAAAAGUUGGAAUUUUCAUGUCGUAAUAAACUUUUGAUAGUCAACUUUAAUGAUGUUUAUAACUUUUUCAAAUCAACUAGGAUUGUCGUAAAACUCUACAGUUAUCACAAUUAUAUAUAAAUCUUACUAAAAUGUCAGGUUAAUUUGUAUUUCCAUUUAUAAAUGUGAAAUUUAAAGUUUCACCCGACAAGUAAAAAUAGUUAGUAUUUUCAUGUUGUGAAAAACUUUUGAUAGUCAACUUUAAUAAUGUUUAUGACUUUUUCAAAUCAACUAAGAUUGUCAUAAAACUCUACAGUUAUCACAAUUAUAUAUUAAUCUUACUAAAAUGUCAGGUAAUUUUGUAUUUCCAUUCAUAAAUGUGAAAUUCAAAGUUUCAUGUGACAAGUAAAAAUAGUUAGUAUUUUCAGGUUGUGAAAAACUUUUGAUUGUCAACUUUAAUAAUGUUUAUAACUUUUUCAAAUCAACUAGGAUUGUCCAAAAGCUCUACAGUUAUCACAACUAUAUAUUUAUCUUACUAAAAUGUCAGGUAAUUUUGUAUUUCCAUUUAUAAAUGGGAAAUUUAAAGUUUUCCCUCAAAAAGUGAAAAAGUUGGAAUUUUCAUGUCGUAAUAAACUUUUGAUAGUCAACUUUAAUGAUGUUUAUAACUUUUUCAAAUCAACUAGGAUUGUCCUUAAACUUUACAGUUAUCACAAUCGUUUAUUAAUUUUACUAAAAUGUCAGGUAAUUUUGUAUUUCAAUUCAUAAAUGUGAAAUUCAAAGUUUCAUGCGACAAGUAAAAAUAGUUAGUAUUUUCAUGUUGUGAAAAACUUUUGAUAGUCAACUUUAAUAAUGUUUAUGACUUUUUCAAAUCAACUAGGAUUGUCAUAAAACUCUACAGUUAUCACAAUUAUAUAUUAAUCUUACUAAAAUGUCAGGUUAUUUUGUAUUUCCAUUUAUAAAUGUUAAAUUUAAAGUUUUCCCUCAAAAAGUAAAAAAGUUGGAAUUUUCAUGUUGUGAAAAACUUUUGAUAGUCAACUUUAAUGAUGUUUAUAACUUUUUCAAAUCAACAAGAAUUGUCCUAAAACUCUACAGUUAUCACAAUUAUAUAUUAAUCUUACUAAAAUGUCAGGUAAUUUUUCAUUUUCCUUUCAUAAAUGUGAAAUUCAAAGUUUCAUGCGACAAGUAAAAAUAGUUAGUAUUUUCAGGUUGUGAAAAACUUUUGAUAGUCAACUUUAAUAAUGUUUAUGACUUUUUCAAAUUAACUAGGAUUGUCCUAAAACUCUACAGUUAUCACAAUUAUAUAUUAAUCUUACUAAAAUGUCAGGUAAUUUUGUAUUUCCAUUCAUAAAUGUGAAAUUCAAAGUUUCAUGCGACAAGUAAAAAUAGUUAGUAUUUUCAGGUUGUGAAAAACUUUUGAUUGUCAACUUUAAUAAUGUUUAUAACUUUUUCAAAUCAACUAGGAUUGUCCAAAAGCUCUACAGUUAUCACAAUUAUAUAUUAAUCUUACUAAAAUGUCAGGUAAUUUUGUAUUUCCAUUUAUAAAUGGGAAAUUUAAAGUUUUCCCUCAAAAAGUGAAAAAGUUGGAAUUUUCAUGUCGUAAUAAACUUUUGAUAGUCACCUUUAAUAAGGUUUAUGACUUUUUCAAAUCAACUAGGAUUGUCCUAAAACUUUACAGUUAUCACAAUCGUAUAUUCAUCUUACUAAAAUUUCAGGUUAUUUUGUAUUUCCAUUUAUAAAUGUGAAAUUUAAAGUUUCACUCAAAAAGUAAAGAUAGUUAGAAUUUUUUUUAAUUUUUUUUUCAAAUUACACAUUUAUAUUUGUAUGUACCAAUUUUUGUUGAUUGAGGAAAACUUGCAUUUUCAUGGGUAUUUGAUUUCAUGGUUUUGUCAAAGGUUUGCAUUCAUUCUUAUAGAAAAUUUAUAACUAAUUAUUAAUGAGAAUUUGUGGUAUCCAGUUUUCUACGAAAUCCAAGAAACUUGGUAUCCGAUGAAUAAUAAUGAAUCCACAGUUAUUGAAAAUGUCACCAAAUGAAAUGUAUUCACUGUUUGAUAUAUUUUUUAUGCAUUGAUAUUAACACAAUUAAAAUUUAUGUUCUCUGAUUGAAAA